CACAUCGACUGUGAAAUUGGCUUGCUACGUCGCAGGCACAACGAUAAUGUGGGUUUCCCCAGGACAAGUGUGUCAAAUUCCAGUCUUGGGGGGGGGGGGGCCUGCUCAUUUUUGGGUUCCCCCUCAUAUGCAUGGUACGGCUGCGUUAAAAAACUGCGUUUAAAGAUCCGCAGCGCUCUGUUGUCAGGUCACCAUAGCAACCGUGCGGAGAAACCUGGCUUUACAGGGGGGGAAUCGUAGUUUGUGUGUAAAUUAGGGAAAAGUUAAGAUCUGUUUCUCUCUUAGUUGAAACGUGUCAGCUUUUCUCUGAAGCGCACGCGUCAUUUUGCUUCCAACUAUUAGCCUGGCGUUUCAACGCGAAGAUGUCGUAUCCUCCAGCUGGAAAUAUCAUAAAGAGUAUUAUUCGCGAAGUUGUCAAAGAAUGCCUUGCUAAGGGCCAAAGCAUAUCAGAAACUUUAGCUACCUUUAUGGUAAAAGCUGUUGUUUUAGAUCCACAAAACCAAUUCAACGUUGAUCGGACUAUUACAAAGCAAGACGUCCAAGAAGUAAUCGAGAGAUGCGUGCAGCGGCUUCUGGACCUGCAAAGCCCUUCUGUGGACACCAUCAAAAUGCAGGCUUAUUUUGACAUGCAUUACACCUCCCGACAGGAGUACCUGAAAGAGCACAGGCGCGUGCUGCAGGCUCAGCUGAUCCCGAUCACUCGCGAGAUCACCGACAGCCGAGCCAAGUCCCGUGACGAGCUGGAAACCCUUUACGGCAAGAUCGCCAGCUAUGUCCUGCUACGCUCCGGAAUGGGCUCACCUACAGACAUCAGCACUGUGCGAGAGGCCGCUGCCGCCCUGCACAGCGUCUUCCCCCAGCCUGAGCUGGGCGUCUUCAUACCCCUCAGCAGGAAGGACAAGGAGCAGCAGCUGGAGCUGCUCAGCAGGCUGGUCACUGGGAUCCGACUCUUCAACAGGGACAGGAGAAAGGGAGGAGACAGCAUCGAUGACUUGCCAGCCAUCUUGAAUGAGUCCAUCUCCACCAGCAUCGAGCACAUUAAAUUCGAAGCUGGUGCAUCUCAGAACCUGGCUUACCGGUACAUAGCUCUGCUGGAGGGUUUGCAGGCCACCGAGCUCGUUCUCAAGGACGGCAACGUGCCACCUAAAUUUCUGAAGGAAGCACUGUACAAUGCUCGACAACACGAGACCUUCUUGCGACUCAUUUUGGCGGAUGUUAGGGUGUGUGAAGAGCAAACACGAUCCCUGCAGUCAGAGCUGCACUCCCAGAUGGAGGAGCUGAAGAUCAUUGUCCAUUCAAAGACUGCAGUUCCCACAGCCCAGGUUUUCCCCCAUUUCACCGCUCUGGCCAAGCUGUGGUCAGGACUUCAAGAUGAGAUGCACCUGCUGAGUAUUCUCAACAGCAUGGUGGCCAACCUUCAGCCCUUCCUGGGUGCUCAGUCAUGGCAACUACCAAAGGAUCAGCUGGAGAUCUUUCUGGAGGGUGUGGAGGUGAAGACUGAUGAGCAGAGAAUGAAAGAAUCUGCAGACAAUCGCAUUGACCCAUCCGUGUUCAAAAAUCAAGAGUGGCUCUUCCCAGAGACUACAGUUAAUAUGGAUACACUUCCUUUUCAACACAAGGGAAUGUGUGCGAAUGCACUUAUAAAACAUGGUCUUCUUUUGCCAGGUAACCCAGCGGUCGGCAUCCUGAAACACAGGAAUAAAUAUCACAUCUUCAGCUCUAAGAAGGCAGCCUGUGAGUUUGCCUCCAACCCAGACGAGAGCAUCGAGUCGGUAGCCGAGGAAGCAAAAUCCUCUCCGGAGCUAAUUCAGCUGCUAGAACUCCACCUGCAGUUCUCUCCUGUUACUCCAUAUCCAGAGAUGGGGAAGAAGCACCUGACACAGCCUGUCGCAAAGUGUGACGGCGAUACACAGACAGACACCCACCCAGUAGAGAGCAACAUUGUGAAGUCCUACAAAUGGAAUGAAUGGGAACUCAGGAGACAAGCAGUCAAACUGGCGAAUCUGCGCACGAAAGUGACCUGUUCAAUGCAGACGAAUCUGAGCCAUAUGAGGCGGGACAACGCCACGCAAACUUACACGCCUAAAGAAGCUGCGUGUCAGACUAAGAAGGACGGGGAGAGCAGCGUCCCAAGACCACGGGGGUAUCUAGCAGGACUUCGUGGAGGACAGAGCCGAACAACACGUCUAAUAAAAACCAAUUUAACAAGGCCUGUAGAUGAAUGAAAUUAUAACUAUGGUGCAGUGUUCAAGAUAGGUGACGCGAUAUGAAAGAUAUCAAUCUGAAAUGUAUGAUGUUAAUCACCAGAAAUUUUUCCAGAAAUUAGAGUUUUUUGAUGCAAUAACUAUUUACUGCAAUUAACUUGUUUGGACAAGCUGAAAGUGGUUUCAAGCAGAAUUGCAGGUACGGUGUUGUCGAAUAAACAAACUUACAUUCGUUGA